GGCCAGCUUCGCCGGCCCCAAAAGCUGCGGAAGAACUCUUUCGGAAUUUAUUAGCGAUUUUGUGUGAUUUCAUUACAUUUAUCAAUUCUUCACCCGGCUCGAUAGGUUUGACCGGGAUCAGUCAUGUCGAUUGAAGAACGAGAUAACGACGAUCUGAUCCGGAUCACCCACUACAUCAAUCCGCACAACUUCUGGUUCAAGCACGAGUCGGCCUAUCUGUACAAUGCGGACGAGCAAGAGUUCCAGCUGGAGCUGAUAGAAUUCUGCGAGAACACAUUCGGCCGGGGCAACAUCACAUCCGGUGUGUACAAGCCGACCCAGAUAGGCGAGUUGGUGGCCGUGUUCUACUUCCAGUUGGGCCGCUGGACACGUGCCAAGAUCGAUGAAAUUCAACAGGAUCUGAGCGGGGAGGUGAUGUGCAAUGUUUGGGCCAUCGACGAAGGGGUCCCCAUCAAGACCAGCUGCCGGUACAUCAAACCGUUACCGGCGCGGUUCGGCAAGAUGCCCAGCACCGUCAAGCAUGGCGGGCUGAAGGGGAUACUGCCUGCGGAAUCGAGUUACAAUUAUCUGGAGGGCCGAUCCGUUCACAAAAUGGUCGAAGCGUGGUGUUCAGGCGUGGUCCGAGUUUUUCAGAGUCUAAUCGAAGAUGCCGUAUCGAUAAAGUUUUGUGACCAACGGCACUAU